AAAAAAAAAUAAUUUCUGGAUUUUGAAUAAAUUUGAUUUUUUUUAUAAGUAAUUACAAUAUGUAUAGAUUUAUAUGUUUAAGUGAAUAUUACCUCGUAUAGAUAUUGAAUUCUGUGAAGCAGGAAAGUAUGUGUACAUUUAGGACAUAGUACAUAUAAUACGAUGAAGGUGAGGAAUGAACUUUCUCAAUUAAUGGUUUAUGAACAAAUUGAGAAGAUGAAUGAAUUGCUCAAGCUCGCAAUUAACUGGUGACAGUUAUCACAAUGUUAAAAAUGGCUUUCCGAUAAACAAUCGUCGUAGAUAAUAACUUUUCAGAUAGCGAAAAUUACAGUAGAAACUGAAUAUUAAAAUAUUUUUAACUGAGACUAGCGAAGCUAUACCACAGUUGAAGGCGUAUGCUUCGAGUGCAAGCAAAUUAGACACUAAUAAAAUGUUUAAAAUAAUUUCACUAUUAUUUCUGUUUCUUGGAACUGAAAAAAUAACUGCAUUAGAUCUUCCAAUAGUAUCAGAUAUUCAGGACAUAAUAAGUCUUGCCCACGAUUUAUCCGAUAUAGCUUCUGGAAAUGUACCUCUGGUAUCAGCUGUAUUCGGAGGAGGUUCUGCGGACCCUACGGUCGAAAAAUUGAACGGACUAUCAACUCAAAUCGAGGAGCUAACAAAGUUAUUCAACGUCAAAAUGGAUGCCGCGCUGUCACAAAUAUUGAACAACGUGCCACGUGACACCGAUUUUAGGACACGUAUGGGCCAGCUGCACAAAUACAUAACCCGUAUCAACGGUAUAUUUGAUGAGUAUCGGCGUCUUCUGAAAUCCUCAAGUGAAUACAAUCAAUACAGUAUUGACCAAUUUAUAAAAGCCACUACUUCUUUACAAGAUGGUGACCUGCCAGAAAUAUUAAAUCAACUUCAUCGACUAUUCGUAACACAGCAAUCUGAUGAUAUACAAGGAGGUCUUUUGGACCUUGCAGUCCCUAUUUUUAAAGAUAUGAAACCAGCAUCUUUAUGUGACCGCACUAAAUCACAGCAGCAACGUGUUUAUGAUAUUUAUCGAACGGUUAUUUUUACAGAAAUAAAAGGAUAUAUCAUGAGUUCUUAUUCUUAUGGUCUAUUAUCUAUUUUUCGUAACACAACUUUUGUAAAAGAAGCAAAAAGAUCGGAGGAGAGACUUGUAAAAUCCGCAUAUGAUUAUAUGUCAGCUACUAAAGAAGCGUUGACAACAAUACCUAGAGAAAUAAUUGUUUGUGAUCCACCAAUACACAUUAAGGGCAAAACAUACGUGGAAAUGAACCGCGCAGUUCAAAUGCUGAUGGGACAUGAAUAUAUGCUACGAUCUAGUGGAAGUUGUGAUGGUUCCUGUAGCGACAUCGAUACAACGAAGAUCUAUCGCGAGUAUGAGAGUUUUAAAGGUAAAAAAUGGUACCCAGUGAAUCAAUGCCAGGGAAGGAUGAACGAGUGUCAGGGGAUGAACUACGUCGAGUUUUGUGAAGUGCCCGGUGAUUUCAAAGAACGUCUGAUGUACAUAGAUAAUUGGAAAGACCGCACUUAUGGUAUCGACAAAGGCUGUCGGUUCGGUAAAAAAAGCGUACUUGAAAUGCUAAUGAUUGGUGUCUAUAAGUGUUGGCCCUGUUUAUGCCAAUGUGUAGAAGACAAAGCCGAGUCAAAGGCUGAUCGCACAUUGAGUUUCUUACCACAAAGGACAGAUGUAGAUAAAAAUAUGGUACUGACUGGUAUACGAUUUAUCAAGAAAAAUGAGGUGGUUCAUUUGCAAAUUGAGCAGGGAAAGCUAAUUAAAGAUGGUCGUAUUGAAAACGGUACUGCUGAAUGGCUACCGGUUGACGAAUUUAAAUAUAAUGCAGAAGUUGAGGAUGGAGCUUUUGUAAAAGUUGUUGGUGGUAAAGAAAUACCAAUGACGAAAAAUGUAGAUUAUGGGUUUAUAAGCAAUUCGCGUCGCUACUUUGACCUAGACGAUGUCAUCGCUGAAGAACCGAAUCAUGUUAUUACAGGUGUAAGGUUGAAAAUCGGGAUGUAUUCUUCUGCAGACUUUCAACUAGAAAUCCGGGUAACAAGAUUUAAUUUUACAACUGGUUUAUUAAUUCCGCUGGAUUCAAAACGUCAGAUUAUAGGCAAUCUUGACAACAGUAAUGGUGGGAUAUCUUCACAAUGGUUGUCUCCCGAUUCGCUUUUGAUGUUUACAACUAAAAAGAGAGCUGCGCAAAAUCGAAAAGUCAUUGACGUCAGAAACAAAGUAAAUCCAGAAAAAAGUUAUAAUAAUAUACCCGACUCAAAAGAUUAUUCACGAAUAAUGCUAACUCAUUCGAAUAUUAUUGACGACGUCGGACAAAGUACGAUUCCGUUCUUUGAUAUUCAGCCAGUCGUCCCAAAACCUAGAGUCGCAUUGGACGGGAUUGGGCUUUACCACCGCGGCAACGGAGAAUCUGGAGGAUUUCUGAGUCUCAAAGUAAUCACUCACGACAUUUCGAAAUAUUUGAAUCCCGAUAUACAAUUGGGCAUGUUAACUACUGAAGAAAUAAACGACAUCAAAGAGGAGACGGAGUUUUCAGAAUUAGAAUAAAUGUUUCUGCAUUAAUUAACAAUUAUAUUUAUUUUAAACCAAAAUUACUUGUAAUCUUGCAUUGGAUGUUAACUUUUCU